AACUUUUGCCACGUUUUGCGCCGUUCGACAUUGCGUCUCUGAUUGUUUAAAAAGCUGGUUUCUUUUUUUUUUUCAGAAGCUAAACUCUCUACUACACGACUUCGCAACGUAUAACAAAAGGUUGCCAUCCAUCCCCACCAUAGUCCGAUCCGCCAGUCAAGAUGCCCAAGGCCGAGGUCGGGUCGACCAAGCACUUGAACAACAAGCUCAAGUCGAAGGGUCUUCAGCGACUACGAUGGUACUGCCAGGUCUGCGAAAAGCAAUGCCGUGACGCCAAUGGCUUCAAGAUGCAUACGCAAUCGGAGAGCCAUGUACGGCAGAUGCUUGUCGUUGGUGAAGACCCGAAAAAGUUUAUCAACGAAUUCAGCAAUCAGUUCCAAAGCGACUUUCUCUCUCUUCUCAGGACAGGUCAUGGCGAAAAGCAGGUCCAUAUGAAUCACUUCUACCAGGAAUAUAUCGCAAACAAGGAACAUAUCCAUAUGAAUGCUACGAAAUGGCCGUCUCUGACAGAGUUCGCCAAGCAUCUUGGUCGAGAAGGUCUCUGUAAGGUGGAAGAGACAGAAAAAGGGCUGCAUAUUAGUUGGAUUGAUAAUUCGCCAGAGGCCCUUCGAAGGCAAGAAGCCCUUCGCAAAAAGGCUGCUCAGAAUCAAGGUGAUGAAGAACUUGAACAGCGAAUCAUCCGCGAGCAGAUCCGUCGCGCCCAAGCGAGCGCUAAAGAACGAGGCGCGGAUGACGAAAAGAAGCCAGAAAAAGAGCUAAACCUUAAGGAAGGCGAGCUGGUCACAUUAUCUUUUGGUAACAAACCUGUAUCGACAGAUACCAAAGCUGCCGACAAUCCUGCUGGGAAUAACGACAAGACAACGAGCGAAGUCACCACCGAGAAGCCCACUGGCUUCUCGUUCAAAGCCGCUAGUAAACCGCAAGCCAAGAAUGUCUUCGCACAGGCAAAAAAGAAUGCUUUAUCAGGGGGGGCUAAGAAGCCUGUCCUUGUCGAACAGCCAAAGAAAAUCAGCGAGGCAGAGCGAAUUAUGAAGCAAGAGAUUGACCGAAAGCGCGGGCGUGAGUCCAAUAGCUUCAGCAUGUCGUUCAAGAAGCAGCGAAACGACUAGACACAUUGCAGGAUCAUUUAAAGCGCGGCGCAUGGAGUUUUACUUUAAAAG